CCCUAGCAUGCGUACAAGCAUCUCCGAAAUGCAGCUGGCUGGACGCCCGCCGCCCCGAAGAACCGCGGAGGAAAGAAGCAACCAGGAACUCGAGAACAAUGGCCUUUUUGGUGGAUGGGACAACCCUCACCCUGAAAGUUUCCGCCCUCGUAUUGUUGUUCCGAAAUCCGCCAUUCCACUUCCACCAUGUCGCCUAUGCACACCAGCCCCCACCCACUAGUCAGCAGCGUGCAUAACUGCCGAUGGCACCGGCCCAUUUCGAUCGCCCAGCAGUAAUUAGUCCAGGACAGCAUAUACCCAUUGUUCUCGCCGUGGCCAAAGCGUCGACGGCCUACGGCCAAUACACAGCAUUCACCCUGGGAAGUCGUUCGGUCCUCGUGGAGUCGUUGAUCUGCAGCAGUGUUUGAUCCAUCAGCUCAAGAGUCUUUUGUCUUUUCUCUUGCAGGUAGGACUCGAGAUUUCCCACAAAGUAGCUUAGCUUUUCUCCUCAUCAAGAACCACAAACACAUCCUUGUCUCCCGCUCUCUACAAUCUGUCGGCAACAUCUCUGCUCUACGCCCCCUAACCAGGGCCCCUAUACUUCUUCUAUCUAUCUGCUGCUGCCGACUUUGCGAAUCCAUCUCAGAUACAGGCCUGUGCCUUUUGUGAAGAGUGCUAGACUGUUCCCGAGCUGAGCAAGGGCCUUUCUGCAAAUCUUGUCUCUAUUGUCUCUUCCUGCAUACUGCAUUGAAUCGCGACUGUCAUCACCACAUCUCAUCCAAUCAAGAUAGCAUAUCAUUCACAGUGCAUAUCAAUCCGCCUGUCGUGUACAUCCGGCACACUUCAGCAGCCUCAUCUUCUCUAGUACCAUUAUGAUGGGCGUCAUGGGCGACAUUGCUGCUCUCUGGCAGCAGGAACAAGCAGAACGGGCGCACAAAACCUCCCACCCCUCUCGAACACAGGUCGGGCCAGACAGUGACAAGUUCUAUUACGACCUUCCUCAACCAAGUGUUUCUACUCAAUACAACGAGGAGGAGGAUGCGAGGGAAAGGGAGCGAGGCUUUAGGAAGGCUCGAACUCUGAAGCCGGGGGAGUCUAUCCUUGAGCAAGCUGAACUAGGGUUGGAGGACGAUUCAGUGGCUUGGCAUCUCCAAUCUUCCUCCCCCGCCAGGGGGGGCGACUCGGACGAUGAAAUGUCUGACCUUGACACCGAAGGGGAAGAAGAAGAGGACGACUAUCAUGCAGCCGCAUCCGGCCUUCCCUUCGUCCGCGAAUCAGCCCCUCCCCCUCCAUCCUCCCCUCGCCCAGCGCACUCCAUCAUCUUUGAUACACCUUCUCCCGGUAUAUCUUCUCUGGGUGACGCGCCUGUUCUGGUGCAAAGAUUGAUACGGCGGAAGGGACCACCUGGACCUAGCCCGCUGUCGCAAUCGCACCUGCCUCAGCAAGAAUCCGAGUCUGAUGCAGAGGAUGAAGGCGAGAGGAAUGAUGUUCGGCCAUCAAGAUAUCAUGUCGCCGAGAUUCCUCCUUAUCGCCCGUCCAGCUCCUUACCUCCCUCCCUCGCUUCUCAUCUCCUUACCCGUCCCGACCCCCAUUCCCGAUUUCCGGUGUUCCCAACCAACCUUCUCCCGGCUGCUGACAUCCUCCCUGGAUCGACUGUCGUUGCGGGAGCGCGCCCGGACUUGGGGUUUGGGGCUUUGAAUGUUCCUUGCGAGUCUGCGAGACCUGUGGAAGGUGAAGGUUCUUCCUCGGUUCCUUCAUUGUCAGAUGGCUCCCUCAUCCUCACGCCGUUUCCGCCAGCGCCCGAUCAACCUUCGUUACCCACCUCUGGGUGCCGUAUCAGAGCCCGCCCGGCUGCUCUGAACCUUGAUCACGCUGCAUUGAGGGAACAAGGGCCUUCGACACCACUCAGGACGUCGUUCAGGGGCGGGUUGUCGCCAUCUUCAUCAUCUGCUCUUCCCGUUGCUCCAGUGGAGCCCACGGUGCCGGUUUCCCGCUCUCCUCCAUCCGAGUCUUCGACAAGCGGUCCCUCUGUGAUUCCUCGAAAGCGACCCUCACCCACCACACUUCGACACAGGCGUGGCAGCAAACGGAAAGGCAAAGGCAAGGCCAGAGCCGAGUCUGAAGAGGAAGAGUUCUCCGAGUCGGGAGACGAAGACUCUGACAUGCCUGACGUCCUCGAAGAUCACGUCCACCGAGUACGCUUUUCGCCUCACCCACCUACUAUUGCCAAGCCAUCUUUGCCGAUACGACGAGAGCAGUGGAUGAUCAAUAUCCAAGCAUGGACUUUUAGGCGUGAUCGGCAAAGACAGCGAGGUGCGGCGAGAAGGAAAGCUGAUGAGGAGAGGCUGGCAAGGGGUGGUAGCGAAGACAGGGAAGGUAGGGCGUGGAUAGACAAGCGGGAUUGCGAGGAAGAGGCGAGGGAGGAGGUGAGUGGGUAUACUAGCGAAGGAGAGAUGCAUGACCGCCUUCCAAGAGUUGUGCGUGGGAUCUUCGAAGUGACAAGCCCUUCGGAAGAACAGCACAGCGAUGACGGGGGAGCCAUGUCUUUGUUGUGAUAUACGUCUUUGUUGUAAGGAUUGCGGAGAUGGCCAGUGUUCCAUAUGUCUGCUUCUUUCUUAUCUAUGAAACCUACAAAUCUUUACAACAGAUCAUGAGACCUUAAAAAGCUGGAACCGACCGCAUA